AUGGGUUUGCCUUGGUAUCGUGUUCAUACUGUCGUAUUGAAUGAUCCGGGUCGAUUGCUUGCGGUGCAUAUAAUGCACACAGCUCUAGUUUCUGGUUGGGCUGGCUCAAUGGCUUUAUACGAAUUAGCAGUUUUUGAUCCCUCUGAUCCUGUUCUGGAUCCAAUGUGGAGACAAGGUAUGUUCGUAAUUCCCUUCAUGACUCGUUUAGGAAUAACGGAUUCGUGGGGUGGUUGGAGUAUUUCAGGAGGAACUGUAACAAAUCCGGGUAUUUGGAGUUAUGAAGGUGUGGCAGCUACGCAUAUUGUGUUUUCUGGCUUGUGUUUCUUGGCAGCGAUCUGGCAUUGGGUAUAUUGGGACCUAGAAAUAUUCUCUGAUGAGCGGACGGGAAAACCCUCUUUGGAUUUGCCCAAGAUCUUUGGAAUUCAUUUAUUUCUUGCAGGGGUGGCUUGCUUUGGCUUUGGGGCAUUUCAUGUAACGGGUUUGUAUGGUCCUGGGAUAUGGGUAUCCGAUCCUUAUGGACUAACUGGAAAAGUACAAGCUGUAAAUCCAGCGUGGGGUGCAGAAGGUUUUGAUCCUUUUGUUCCGGGGGGAAUAGCUUCUCAUCAUAUUGCUGCGGGUACAUUGGGUAUAUUAGCGGGCUUAUUCCAUCUUAGUGUCCGUCCGCCUCAACGUCUAUAUAAAGGAUUACGUAUGGGCAAUAUUGAAACUGUACUUUCCAGUAGUAUCGCUGCUGUUUUUUUUGCAGCUUUCGUAGUUGCUGGAACUAUGUGGUAUGGGUCAGCAACGACCCCAAUCGAAUUAUUUGGGCCUACUCGUUAUCAGUGGGAUCAGGGAUACUUUCAGCAAGAAAUAUAUCGAAGAGUUAGCAAUGGUUUAGCCGAAAAUCUUAGUUUAUCAGAAGCUUGGUCUAAAAUUCCCGAAAAAUUAGCCUUUUAUGAUUAUAUUGGUAAUAAUCCGGCAAAAGGGGGAUUAUUCAGAGCGGGCUCAAUGGACAAUGGGGAUGGAAUAGCUGUUGGAUGGUUAGGACAUCCCGUCUUUAGAGAUAAAGAAGGACGUGAGCUUUUUGUACGCCGUAUGCCUACUUUUUUUGAAACAUUUCCGGUUGUUUUGGUAGAUGAGGAGGGAAUUGUUAGAGCGGACGUUCCUUUUAGAAGAGCAGAAUCCAAAUAUAGUGUUGAACAAGUAGGCGUAACGGUGGAGUUCUAUGGUGGCGAACUUAAUGGAGUAAAUUAUUCUGAUCCUGCUACUGUAAAAAAAUAUGCGAGGCGUUCUCAAUUAGGGGAAAUUUUUGAAUUAGACCGGGCUACUUUGAAAUCCGAUGGUGUUUUUCGCAGCAGUCCAAGGGGUUGGUUCACUUUUGGUCAUGCUACCUUUGCUUUGCUCUUCUUUUUCGGACACAUUUGGCAUGGCGCUAGAACAUUGUUCCGAGAUGUUUUUGCUGGUAUUGAUCCAGAUUUGGAUGCUCAAGUGGAAUUUGGAACAUUCCAAAAAGUGGGAGAUCCAACUACAAAGAAACAGGCAGUCUGA